AUGGCGCGCAAAAUGCUCAAAGCAUUGGCUCUGCUGUUAGCUGUUGGGUACUGCAGCUUAUUACUAUCCCAGCUUACGCAUCCUUUAAAAAUCGUGGAAAUUCGACCAGUACCGGAUCGGAUAGUGUCUAACUUAUUAUCAAACUUCACAUAUAAAGAAUCUCCAGAUGAAACGAGCAUAGAAGACAGUGUAAAUAAAAAUAUAACUUUAGAAGACAUUUUUAUAAGUGUGAAAACAUCAAGACAUUAUCAGGCUUCACGGUUGCCUGUUAUUUUGAAAACAUGGUUCCAGUUGGCGAAAGAACAGACAUGGUUCUUCACAGACGUAGACAAUCCAUUACAUCAAAAUCAAACAAAUGGCCACAUGAUAAACACGCACUGCCCGUCUUAUCAUCAGCCUAAACAUUUAUGCUGUAAAACGUCUAUAGAAUACGACCAUUUCCUUGACAGUGGAAAGAAGUGGUUCUGCCAUUUUGAUGAUGACAACUACGUGAACAUACCUCGUUUGGUUACUGUCCUGCAAAGAUACGAUCACCGACUAGACUGGUACCUGGGCAGACAGUCUGUAAACAGGCCUGUUUACGUAAACUACCAAAAAAAGAAAAUUUUAUAUUUUAGAUUCGGCACUGGAGGUGCUGGUUAUUGUAUAAGCAGGAGUUUGGCUUUGAAGAUGUCACCUAUUGCAAGUGGUGGCAGAUUCAUGAGUGUCUGUGAAGGCAUACGAAUGCCUGAUGACGUCGCUAUAGGCUUUGUCAUAGAGCAACUACUUAAAGUAAAUAUCACGGAGGUGCCCGAGUUCCAUUCUCAUUUAGAGCAAAUGAAGUUGCUGCCUCUGAACAAAUUGCGAGAUCAAAUCUCGUUUGGUUUCUUUUGGAAGAAGAAUUAUAAAGAUACAGUUAAUGCUGUUAAUGUACCAGGAUUCAGUGCAAGAUAUGAUCCUACUAGAUUCCUGUCACUACAUUGUUUCUUAUUUCCCUAUUUCCAGUUUUGCAAACUCAUUAGAAGAUGA